UGGGAUGGACUGUCAGAUCUGUAAUCUCCACGUGGCAACUCACUGACGACACCACCAAGUUGACCUCGGGCGUCGACCUUGAACAUGUUGCUGCGCUCGGUUCUGCAGCCAGCGACCCGGCGACUGUCGUUGCAGAGGACGUUUGUCUCCACCGUCUUACUGUCCCGCACAUGGGAGAACGAAACCGUCGUAGCCCUUCGCAAGGAGGCCAAACUGCGCGGUCUCUCGACGUGCGCCCCACCUCCACAAAAUCCCUCUUCGCCGGGCCGUGACGUUCCCGGGGCAUCACGGAAGGUGUCGUCCCGCGCAACACCAGCGUCAGACCCAGCAUCCCCACCCCCUCCUCAAGCAGUCCCGUCCUCCGAACAACAUAAACCGUCCGUGUCAGCAGAAUUCUUCGCUUUCAAAAUGCCAGAUUCAGCCCGCCCCACCCCUCCAUCAUCCGCACAAGUCCCCUACCUUCCCGAUUUCUGGGAUUCAGCCAAACUCAACUCCACGGUCACGGAAUCUGAACCUGAACCCCCGAAACUUCACGUCGUCGGUGGCGCAGCAACCCACCACGAUGGUGGACCGACUUACCUUCUCGAAAAGCACUCGGAAGCUGACACAGUCCAAUCUGUAACCUGCAGGAGGUUUUCGCCGAUCCUGGGCAUUCCAACCACCAUGCGGUUGCGCCCCGUGGCGGAUACCACUGUAGUUGAGCCGCCCAUCCAGACACGAUCGUUGAACCGUGAAGAGGUGACGGGACUGUAUGCCUUACUCGGUAUCCUUGUUGGGUCGUGGGCUCUCGGGGGGAUUCUAAGCCCUCGACCGACGGUGGAGGAUGAGUCCGUAGCUGUAGAAGAGCAUUAGAUUUAUUUAUAGUCUUUUAGUCAUGCAAGAAUCUAUUCUGCGUGUGAACGAACUUAUCACUGCGCCCC